GUGGAUUCAGUCGCCGUUGAGCUGCGAUUGCGGAAACAUGUCAAGAUCAGAGCGGAGUCUGCUGCUGCUCCUUAUCAGCAUCGCUGGCUGUGGCCUGGGGCUUAUCUGUUUGGCAACGGCGGAUAGUUCGCGGGGCUACAAUCCCCUCGCACGUCCCGUGGCAGAGGCUGUCGAGCGGCUCUACAAUCAGGUGCUGCACUCAACCAUCGAGGAUGCACGCCAGCGGCUGCCCCAACUCAACGACAGUGAGGCCAUCGAUAAGCAGUACUUUGAGGAUCUGGAUGGCACAUUGGGCAAUGAGGAUUACUACAGCACGGCGUACUACAUCUUUGCGUGGAUCAACAGCCAACUGAUGGCCCAGCAGCGGCCCGAUAAGCUGCUCGUCGCCGUCCUGCCCGGCGAGAAGGCGGCCAUACGGCAGUUUUUCCACAAGGUGCGAACACCGUUGGAAAAGUAUCUGCAACGCAGCCACCAAACGAAGCAGGAGCUAAUGGCCAAUGUCAGCCGCUGGGCAGGCGAACAGCAGGACUCGGUGGUGAUGUCCUACAUUGAGUUUCCACGCAGUCUGCAGGCGCAGAUACCAGAACUGCAGCUGAUGGACUACACCAAGCUGGCCAAAGCGCUCAUCGAAGGUGUGGCCACGGGCAUAUGGGGAUCGCUAUAGAGAUUAUACAAAAUAAAUAUAAAUAAAGAUUCAAGUAAA